AUGUUUGAACAAAAGGAGAAGGAACGCAGAGAUCUCUUGAGCCAAGUGACCAAGACCGCAGCUGCUUUGUCGCAGGUCAUGUUGGAAAACAAGGAUGCAGAGACCAAGGCGGAUAAUGCAGACUUUGAUGCGCUGGCGAGGGCGUGCGAAGACAUCUUUGUUCAUGGGCUGAAGGAGUCGAUGAUGCAGAUGAUGACACAAGUAAGCUCUACCUAUAGCCAUUCGCACCAAUAG